AUGGCCGAUGUGGUAGAUGAAUGGAGAAAAUUACGUUUGGAGAUUCUCAGUCGAUUAAACAAACGAGAGCGACAACAGAAAAACAUAAAAUCAAUGCUUAAUAAUUAUUACAAACUGGACGAACAACUACAGCAAUCACACAGAUCUCGAUCGAUUUCUGUUGGCAAUGAGCAAUCGAACGGAACCGCAAAUGAUCGAUUAGCACUGAUGAAAGAGGAAAUGGCGAAUGUUUACAGAAUGAAAAGCAAGAAUGAUCAAGAUUUAAUCGAUGCGAAUCGAAAACUAUCAGACAGUGAAGCUCGUUAUUCUCUCGUAUUGUCGCAAAAAGAAAAACUUAGAAAAGAAGUUGAUGCUCUCCUAGAGAAAAAUAGAAUUCUUGAGGAGGAACUAGCUGAUCUCAAAGAGAAAAACAAUGCGAUCAACACAGAACGAGUUGCUCUCGUUGCUACAUGUACAUUUUUGACUGAAAAGAAAACUCAGUUAGACAGCGAGAGGUUCCAGUUAUUGAACAAAAUCCGAGAACUUCAAGAGAAAUCAGCAGAAUUAAUGAAUGCUGAAAUUGUGUUGCAAGAAGAGCGUGCACAGUUACGGAUACGGGAACAAAUUGCCAGAGCCACGGCUGAUUUGAAUCUUGGUGAUGAGCGAGCUUCGGCGACAUUUGGAAAUUCACCAGAUGCCGAUGAAUUCAUGAUGACCGAUGUUCUCCCGUCAGAAGUAAAAUUCAAAAUGGCUGCACAUGAAGGAGAAGUACAUGAUAUUGAAUGGAUGUCAGAUGAUAUGUUUGCAACUGCUGGUAGCGAUGCAAAAGUUCGAGUUUGGAGAGUAUCACCCAAUAAAACAGAAGCUUCUAAAGUAUCCACAUUAACUGGUUGUAUGGGACCUGUUAAUCGAUUGGAUUAUGAUGCUCAACGUCACGUAGUCCUCGCAUCGAGCAACGAUAAAACCUGCAGAUUGUGGAAUGUCGAUUCACAAAGACUUUUGAGUACAUUCUCUGGUCACACAGACAAGGUUUCAUCUGCAAGAUUAUUCCAAUCACACAAUGUGAUUUCGGGUUCGACAGAUCGCACUAUCAAACAAUGGGAUAUAAGUAGUAUUCGUUGUAUCAGAUCAUACCUUGUCGGAUCAACCGUAUUCGAUAUUGUAGCCAGAUGUGGAGUUUCUCAAUCAAGUUUCAUUUCUUCUCAUUUUGAUAAGAAGGUGCGAUUCUGGGAUUCACGUUCAUCAGAUCCAACUUAUUCAAUAGAACUCGGUCAAAAAGUCAGCUCACUCGAUGUUUCCAUAGACGGACUACAAAUUCUUGCAUCAUCUCGAGACGAUACUCUUUCAUUGAUUGACGUUCGGAAUUAUGGAAUAAUUCAUUUGUAUUCUGCGGAACAGUACAAAACGAGUUGUGACAAUACACGAGCAAUAUUUUCAUCAACUGGAGAGUAUGUGUUAGCUGGAUCUUCUAAUUCGUCGGUUUAUAUUUGGAAUACAAAGACAACAAAACUCGAAAAGGUCGUCAAAACGGCAAGGGAAGAUUCCAACCAAAUCAUGUCACUGUCGUGGAACCCGUCAGGAAGAGGUCUUUUGGCUUGCGAUCGUCAAAAAACAUGUACGCUUUGGAGAUAA